GUUAUGAUGUGCUGUCUAUCCCCAGCCUGUAAGCUCUCCAGUCUUCUUUAAGGAUUGAGCUGACGUUGGCACAGUACCAAUAUGAUGCUUUCCCCUUGUAACAGCAACGCUAUCCUCUGGAAGGUCACCACACGCCUGUCUCGUUAAAACACAGAGCAAAUCUGUCUGGUACCCAUGAUGUUUAGCUUCUUAAAUGCCAAUAAGGGCUGAAGCACAUUGCCUAACAGUCCCUUGCAUGAUUCUUCUCUGUAAUAAAAUGCGACGCUAAUACAUGGAUAUUUGGUCUACGAACUUAAUUAGAUGCGGAAGGAGGUACAAUGAGUCACCGGAGGUGACGUUUUAGCAGGCGUUUUGUAUUUGAAGUUGAUGGCGGUAAGGACAGUUGAGAGAUGUUGAAAUUCAAAUUUGGAAGCCGCAGUGCUGCAGAUUCUGUUUCUUCAGAAUCGAUAGCAAGUAGAGCUACACGAAUCAAUCAUUUCUUCCAGGGAAAGCCACCAUGCACGUAUCCUCUUCCGCAGCAGAUAUCAACACUAACCAGAGAAGGACUUUUAGACUCUUUAUUUGUUCUUUUUCAAGAAUGCAGCAGCCCCACAUUAAUGAAGAUUAAACAUGUUGCUAAUUUUGUAAAAAAGUAUUCAGACACUGUUGCAGAAUUAAAAGAGCUCCAGCCUACUGUAAAGGACUUUGAAUUAAAGACUGUUGUUGGACGAGGUCAUUUUGCUGAGGUCCAUGUAGUGAGAGAGAAGCUGACAGGUGACACCUUUGCAAUGAAAGUGAUGAAGAAGAAAUCACUUCUUGCUCAGGAUCAGGCUUCUUUUUUUGAAGAAGAAAGAAGUAUACUGAGUAAUCACAACAGUCCCUGGAUCCCCCAGUUACACUAUGCUUUUCAGGACAAAGAUCAUCUUUACCUGGUUAUGCAGUACGAGCCAGGAGGAGACCUACUGUCAUUAAUGAAUCGUUAUGAUGAGCAAUUUGAUGAAACAAUGGCCCAGUUUUAUCUGGCAGAAUUAGUUCUUGCAAUUCACAGUGUUCAUCAGAUGGGCUAUGUGCAUAGAGAUAUUAAACCGGAGAAUAUACUUAUUGAUCGCACUGGACACAUUAAGCUUGUGGACUUUGGAUCAGCUGCAAGACUGACUGCAAAUAAAACUGUAAAUGCGCGGCUGCCCAUUGGCACCCCUGAUUAUAUGGCUCCAGAAGUUCUUAUGGUGAUGAAUGGGGAUGGAAAGUCCACAUAUGGCCCUGAAUGUGAUUGGUGGUCUCUAGGAAUAAUUGCAUAUGAAAUUAUUUAUGGAAGAUCUCCAUUCACAGAAGGGACUUCAACAAAAACCUUUAAUAACAUAAUGAAUUUUCAGCGGUUCCUGAAGUUUCCAGAAGACCCAAAAAUUAGUGGAAAUUUUCUUGAUCUGAUACAGGGUUUGUUAUGUGGGCAAAAUGAGAGAUUGAAUUACCAGGAUCUAUGUUGCCAUCCAUUUUUUUCUAAAACAGACUGGAGUAAUAUUCGAAAUACUCCUCCUCCAUUUGUCCCUACCUUAAAGUCCGAUGAUGACACCUCAAAUUUUGAUGAACCGGAGAAGAAUUUGCGGGUUUUACCUUCUUCAUGCCAGUUGAGCUCUGCAGGAUUCUCGGGCGAAGAUUUGCCAUUUGUGGGGUUUUCAUUCAUUAAGGCUCUGAGCACAUUCUCUAAAUCUGAGUCGAUUGUGUCUGGCUUGGACUCUCCAGCCAAGGCGAGCUCCAUGGAGAAGAAGUUAUUUCUCAAGAGCAAAGAGCUGCAGGACACACAGGACAAAUGCCACAAGAUGGAGCAAGAAAUGACUCGCUUGCACCGCCGGGUUUCGGAGGUGGAGGCUGUUCUCAGCCAAAAAGAAGUUGAACUAAAAGCAUCUGAAACACAGCGUUCUCUUCUAGAGCAGGACCUGGCAACCUACAUCACAGAAUGCAGCAGCUUGAAGCGCAGCCUGGAGCAGGCCCGAAUGGAGGUUUCCCAGGAGGAUGAUAAGGCUCUUCAGCUUUUACAGGAUAUCCGGGAACAGAGCCAAAAGCUUCAGGAUAUUAAGGAACAGGAAUUUCAAGCCCAGCUAGAAGAAAUGAAGCUGAUGAUGCACCAGUUAGAGGAAGAUCUUUCUUCUGCCCGCAGACGUAGUGACCUAUAUGAAUCUGAGCUGCGAGAGUCACGGUUAGCUGCUGAAGAAUUUAAACGCAAAGCUACGGAAUGUCAACUAAAACUUCAAAAGGCUAAAGACCAUGGUAAGGCAGAAGUGGGGGAGCUACAUACUAAACUGGAGAAGAUCAACUCUGAUCAGCAGAACAAAAUUCAGGAAUUGCAAGAAAAACUUUCAAAGGCUGUGAAGGCCAGUUCUGAAGCAACAGAAUUACUUCAAAAUAUCCGACAAGCAAAAGAGCGAGCAGAAAAAGAGCUUGAGAAACUCAAGAAUCGUGAAGACUCAAAUGAUGGAAUAAAGAAAAAACUCUUUGAAGCUGAGGAAAGACGCCAAUCUUUAGAAAACCAAGUAAGGCGACUGGAGGCGGUAGAGCGCAGGGAAAACAAAUUAAAGGAAGAUAUACAGACUAAAUCUCAACAAAUUCAGCAAAUGGCUGACAAAAUCAUGGAACUAGAAGAAAAAUACCGCGAGGCACAGAUGGGAGCACAGCAUUUAGACGUCCAUCUGAAGCAGAAUGAGCAAGCAUAUGAAGAGAAAGUUAGAAGCCUUGAAACUCAAAUUAAUAAUGAUCUUGCUGAUAAACAAUCACUUGAAUUACUACGUACAAAACAUGAAGAAGAAAUUUGUGAAAAAAACUCAAUUCUAAGUGAACAGAAGGCUAUGGUUAAUGCCCUAGAGUCAAAGAUCAAGUCCUUGGAGCAAAGACUAGCAGAAUUGUCUGAGGCAAACAAAUUGGCAGCAAAUAGCAGUCUUUUUACACAAAGAAACAUGAAAGCUCAAGAGGAGAUGAUUUCAGAACUGAGGCAGCAAAAGUUCUAUCUGGAAACCCAGGCUGGGAAAACAGAGGCCCAAAAUCAAAAGCUGGAAGAGCAACUAGAGAGAAUAAAUAACCAGGAGCACACUGACAAGAACCGCAUGAUUGAGUUAGAGACCAGACUGCGGGAGAUUAGUCUGGAGCAUGAAGAACAAAAGCUGGAGCUGAAGAGGCAGUUAACCGAGCUGCAGCUCUCCCUGCAGGAGAGAGAAUCCCAGAUCUCCACUUUACAGUCAGCACGAUCAUCUUUAGAGAACCAAUUACACCAAGCAAAAGCUGAGCUUGAGGAUACAACUGCAGAGGCAGAGGAGGAAAUUCAGGCUCUAAGGUCUCACCGGGAUGAAAUCCAGCGAAAAUUUGACACUUUACGUGAUAGUUGUACAGUUCUUACUGAAUUGGAAGAUCAACUGAAUCGUAUGAGUGAAGAAAAUGCAGAGCUGAACAAUCAAAAUUUUUACUUGUCUAAACAGCUAAAUGAGGUGUCAGGAGCCGCAGAAGAAAUUGUACAACUGCGAAGUGAAGUAGAUCAUCUUCGACGAGAAAUAACAGAGCGAGAGAUGCAACUUACAAGUCAAAAGCAGACUAUGGAGGCCUUGAAAACCACAUGCACCAUGUUGGAGGAGCAGGUGAUGGAUCUUGAAGCUCUCAACGAUGAACUGCUGGAGAAAGAGCGUCAGUGGGAAAGCUGGAGAAGUUCAUUAGAGGAUGAAAAAAAUCAAUUUGAAUGCAGGCUCCGAGAAGUACAAAGGUUGCUGGAUUCAGAAAAGCAGAACAGAGUGCGAGCUGAUCAGCGUACUACAGAAUCUCGCCAAAUGGUGGAGUUGGCAGUUAAGGAACACAAAGCAGAGAUUUUAGCUCUACAACAAGCACUGAAAGAUCAAAAGCUCAAGACUGAGAGCCUUUCUGAUAAGCUGAAUGAUUUGGAAAAGAAACAUGCCAUGCUGGAAAUGAAUGCUCGGAGUUUACAACAAAAACUUGAGACUGAGAGAGAACUAAAGCAGCGACUAUUAGAAGAGCAGGCAAAACUUCAGCAGCAGAUGGACCUGCAAAAGAAUCACAUCUUCCGAUUGACUCAAGGUCUUCAGGAAGCACUUGAUCGAGCAGACCUGCUGAAAACAGAGAGGAGCGAUUUGGAGUACCAGCUGGAAAAUAUGCAGGCCCUCUACUCUCAUGAAAAAGUCAAGAUGGAAGGUACAAUUUCUCAGCAAACCAAGUUAAUCGAUUUCUUACAAGCUAAAAUGGAUCAGCCGUCAAAGAAGAAAAAGAGUUUGUUUGGCAGACGUAGGGAUGACCCCAAUCAGAAUUCUCAACAAAUCCCUUUGCAGUACAAUGAGUUAAAGGUAGCUCUGGAUAAAGAGAAGGCCAGAACUGCAGAACUAGAAGAGGUUCUUCAGAAGACAAGAAUUGAACUCCGCUCUGCAAGAGAGGAAGCUGCUCAUCUGAAGGUAUCAGAUCAUCCGCUUCCAUCUACCCCUGGAACUGCAAGACAGCAGAUUAUAAUGUCUGCUUUAGUCAGGUCACCUGAGCACCAACCUAAUCCCGUUGGCCUUCUUGCUCCUCAGUCUAGUAGAAGGAAAGAAUCCUCUGUUCCUGAGGAGUACAGUCGGCGUCUUAAAGAAAGAAUGCAUCAUAAUAUUCCUCACAGAUUUAGCGUUGGUCUUACUAUGAGAGCAGCAAAAUGUUCUGUGUGUUUGGAUACCAUACACUUUGGACGCCAAGGAGCAAAAUGCUUAGAAUGUCAGGUCAUGUGUCACCCAAAGUGUUCCUCCUGCCUCCCAGCUACAUGUGGCCUCCCUGCAGAAUAUGCUACACAUUUUACUGAAGCCUUUUGUAGAGAGAAAAUGAAUUCGCCUGGAAUGCAGAUGAAGGAAGCGAGUAGCUCUGUGCGCCUGGAAGGAUGGAUGAAGAUUCCAAGAAACAAUAAACGCGGACAACAAGGCUGGGAUAGGAAGUACAUUGUCCUUGAAGGGUCAAAAAUUUUAAUUUUUGAAUCUGAACUGAAAGAAGGUGGACAGCGACCAUUGGAAGAGUUUGAGCUUUGUAUUCCUGAUGGAGAUGUGACAGUGCAUGGAGCUGUGGGAUCCACAGAGCUUGUAAAUACGGCAAAAUCAGAUGUGCCAUAUGUCAUGAAGGUGGAAUCUCAUCCUCACACUACAUGCUGGCCAGGGCGAACACUGUACUUGUUAGCACCUACGUUUCCAGAUAAACAGCGUUGGGUCAACGCACUGGAGUCUGUGGUUGCAGGUGGUAGAGUGUCCAGAGAAAAAGCUGAAGCUGAUGCCAAGCUGCUUGGGAAUUCCUUGCUGAAAUUAGAGGGCGAAGACCGUCUAGACAUUAACUGCACAAUACCUCUCACAGAGCAGAUUGUUCUUGUUGGUGCAGAGGAGGGACUGUAUGCUUUGAAUGUCCUGAAGAAUUCGCUUACUCAUAUCCCUGGGGUGGGAGCAGUCUUUCAGGUUCAUAUUGUUAAAGAGCUGGAGAAACUUCUACUCAUUGCUGGAGAAGAAAGGGCAUUGUGCCUUAUUGAUGUAAAGAAGGUAAAGCAGUCACUGGCCCAAUCACAUCUUCCAGCUCAGCCUGAAAUUUCUUUGACUGUUUUUGAGGCUGUUAAAGGAUGUCACCUUUUUGCUGCAGGGAAGAUUGAGAAUGGGUUGUGCAUUUGUGCAGCCAUGCCAAAUAAAGUAGUAAUACUGAGGUACAAUGAAAGCCUCAACAAGUUUUGUAUAAGAAAAGAAAUAGAAACUUCAGAACCAUGCAGUUGUAUUUAUUUCACUGGAUAUAGUAUUAUUAUUGGAACAAACAAGUUCUAUGAGAUCGAGAUGAAGCAGUACACCCUGGAAGAAUUCCUGGAUAAAAAUGACCACUCCUUGGCUUCUGCUAUUUUUGCUUCCUCCUCCAAUAGUUUCCCCAUUGCUAUAAUGCAGGUUAAUAGCACAGGGCAACGAGAAGAAUAUCUACUGUGCUUCCAUGAAUUUGGUGUAUUUGUCGAUUCUUAUGGAAGGCGAAGUCGUACAGACGAUUUGAAAUGGAGUCGGCUGCCUCUUGCUUUUGCAUAUAGGGAUCCUUACUUGUUUGUGACACACUUCAAUUCCUUGGAAGUUAUUGAGAUUCAGGGUCGUGCUGCUCUUGGUGCUCCAGCACGUGCCCAUUUAGAUAUCCCAAACCCACGCUACUUGGGACCAGCGAUCUCAUCAGGAGCCAUUUAUUUAGCCUCGGUUUACCAGGAUAAAUUAAGAGUAAUCUGCUGCAAAGGAAACUUGGUAAAAGACACCACUAGUGACCUGCACCGUGCUCCUUCUACAACACGAAGCCCAAACAAGAGAGGGCCUCCUUCCUACAAUGACCAUAUAACAAAGAGGAUAGCAUCCAGCCCAGUACCACCUGAAGUUCAAGGCCUGGUUCGUGAACCUAGCACUCCACAUCGUUAUCGUGAAGGAAGGACUGAAAUGCGUAGGGACAAGUCUCCAGGGCGACCUUUGGAUAGGGAAAAGUCUCCAGGCAGGUCAUUAAGUACUCGCAGAGAGAGAUCACCUGGUAGAUUAUUUGAAGAGCAGAACAACAGAAGCCGCUUACCCACAGGAGCUGUAAGAACACCACUUUCACAAGUCAACAAGGUUUGGGACCAGUCUUCAGUAUAACUGAAGAAGAUAAACUCUUGUAUUUGUAGAUACAUGAAGACAACCUGUUGGAACUGUUUAAACACAGACAGAUGCUUUUUUUAUAUCCAGAUAAUAUUGUUUGUAGCAGACAUCUGUUGAAGACAUAUUCAAUUGUGUACGUGAAGCAAAUCGUUUCAAGAUCCCAAGCAAAUAUCUCUGACUUUGUAUUCCUUUGUUUACCGUCAUUAUCAAAUACAUUUUUAUUAUUUACAAAGAAUAUCAUAAAAAAAACUGGUUAAUUAUGCUUUUAAGGAUAUUUAACCUGUUUGGUUUAUUUAUUGAUGGAACUAAUAUGGUGGAAUUUGUUUUUAAAACUGCAUCCUGCUUUACAGACACUACUUGUUCAUACAGCUUUGCUUCAGUUUAGACUUAAAGCCACUGAUAAAAAGGUAUUCUUGAUAAUUUACAGAAAGAACAAAGACUGUCAGUUAUUUUUUCAAUUUGGUCAUAUUUAAAACAGACAAUCGGUAAGUUACAAAUAAUUGUAGGCUGUUUGCUAUUCUACACAGCUGCUCUUUUUGUUUUUAGCAAAAAUCAGAUUGUCUAUACCUUGCUUAAUUACUUCCUAAUGCUUCUGCUACCUCACUGGAAAUCAAUUUGUUUUACAAACAUUUACAUCAAUGUGCCGGAGUAAUGUCUGAAAAGGUGCUAAAAUAUUUUAUAAGUGUUAAUGAAGAAGAUCUUAUAUAUCUCAGAUACUCAUUUUUCAAUUUCUAUUGGAGAAAGUUUAUAAUUCCCAAAUUCUACAAAAAAAAUUGUAUAUGUGAUAAGCUGGACUUGAAUUUGUAAAUAUUCCCGUUGUGUAAGUGCAUGACAGAUUUUUUUUUCACCCCGUGUUAGAAACCUAAAAACAAAACAAAAAUUAAGUUACCAGUAAAUUGUUUUGUCCAUCCUAUUUAAAAAUUAGUAAUAUAAAGUUGCCAAAUCAGCAGCUGUUAUGUUGGUUAAGUGUCCCUUUAAAUGCUUCCUAUGUAUGAGGAUUGUACAUAUUUACCAGAAAGUUUAUAUUCAUAAAAUUGAAUAUGUUUCUACUUUUUUAAAAAGGUAAACUGUGCAUUUUUAAAUUCUGCCCUUUUGUGAAAUGAGUGGCGACAAGAGCUAAUAGCUCCAAGGGAAAGAGACUGCGGUAUGUACUGGAUGUGCUUGUAAGGCGUGGAAUGCUUGGUUUCUAAUUAUGCUUUGCUGCUUUUUGCAAAUAUUGUAGAAAUAAAUGCACUUUAAAAAGACAUUGAAA